AUGACGUUGCUAAAGAGGUAUGUGUUAAGAUUGUUCAUAUCAUUGAAGUACAUCACUGCCCAUGUGGUAGACAGAAACAACGGACGAAUAGUAGCAACAUCAUCAACAGUUGAACAUUCAGUGAAACAGUCACUUGAGUGCGGUAGAACUUGCAAUGCAAAAGUUGCAGCAAUCGUAGGAGAAGUGUUGGCAAUGCGUCUCAAAGUGGAGGGUCUAGAUCAAGUGCAAGUAAACGGGAUCCAUGUCAAUGUAAAUAAGGAGGUUGAGAAGAAAGGUUUCAAGAAUCGCACAAAAGUUUGGGCUAUAGUUAACGGCCUUAAGAGCAACGGAGUGAAACUUAUUUUGGAUGACAAUGAAAAUGACAGUUCUCGCCUCAUCUCAGUGGGUACCGUGAAAGAGUUGGUGGUGUUAAUGAUGGUGGCUAAAGAAUGUGUAGUCGCUGAUGAUGUAUCUGUGAUAGUUGGUGGUGAUGCUAGUUAUGAUGAUGGAGGUGGUUGGUAG